AUGGAAUCGUCUUUAACAUUUUUGCUGGGAUAUAUAGUAUCAUUGUGUACAUGUACUGUCGUCAACUACGAGGUCAUUAGUGAAAAGGUGAAAGAGCUAACUGAUAUGGUCAAAUUGAUAUCCUUGAAAGAAUUAACUGCAGAAGAUCGUAAUACGAUUUUGAAAAUCAAUCAAUGCACAACUUUACUUGGAGAAGUUUUAGCGGAUAGAAUAAAUGCUCAAAAUACAACUACCGGGUCAGAUAGUCUUGAAAAGGCCAUUCAUGUUUCAGAGGCUGAAAUUAUGACUUCACCGGAAGAAAAUAAAGCAGGAUUAAUCAAACCAAGUGGGAAAUAUAAGGUCAACAAGCCAUCAAAAAGAUUGUCAAAAGUAAAUUUAGGAUUUUUGGAAACUUGGUUUAGAGACAAUGCUGACCACCCUUACUUGAAUACUCAAACUUUAAAUUCAUUGAUCAAAGCAACAGGCUUAAGUAAAUCUCAAGUACAAAAUUGGUAA